UCACUCCAAAAUGGCGGCGGCGGAGGAGUUUCCGGUCCCGGCGGGGUUGUACUUCCGGUUACUGCUUGUCUUCCUGCCGCUUGCCCUUCCAGCUAUCAUGGUCUUCCAAGCCGGGCGCUGCUUCCUCCGCCUCCGGGCCCUCUCCCUGUCCGCCCGGGCCCCCGCCAGGUGCUACGCAGAGGCCGCCGCCCCUGCCUCCGCUUCCCAGGCCCAGAUGGCCUUCACCUUCGCCUCGCCCUCACAGGUCUUCUACAACGCAGCCCCCGUGAAACAGGUGGAUGUCCCCACGCUCAGCGGGGCCUUUGGCAUCUUGGCCGCCCACGUCCCAACCCUGCAAGUCCUGAGGCCCGGUGUGGUGACUGUCUUUGCUGAGGACGGGGCCUCCACAAAGUACUUCGUCAGCAGUGGCUCUGUGACUGUGAACGCAGACUCUUCCGUCCAACUCCUCGCAGAGGAAGUCGCACUCUUGGAUCAACUCGAUCUAGCGGCAGCCAAGUCCAACCUGGAGAAGGCCUUGUCUGAGUUAGCCGCCACUUCCGACGAAUCUUCCAAAGCAGAGGCCCAGAUACGCGUGGAGGCCAAUGAAGCCCUGGUGAAGGCACUGGAGUGAGGAGGAAGGAAGUCCCUCCCUCGGCUGCAAGGAAAACGGCCAUCGACAACUUCCUCUGCUUCCUCCUCCUCACCUCUCUUUGGCACGGUCCAUACAGCUGCUCUUCCUAAUUAAAGAAUUACAAAGAAAAAGUCA